AUGGUCGACGUGAAAACCGAAGAUAGCAGCCAAAAGCUCAUUCUGACGAAAAAUGGGCUCCUACGGGUGUCGCAGGCGUGUGACCGAUGCCGAAUGAAGAAGAUCAAGUGUGACGGGGCCACCCCUUGCAACAAGUGCUCUGCCAUUGGCUUCGAGUGCACAACCUCCGACAAAUUGUCCCGACGAGCGUUUCCCAAGGGGUAUACUGUGAAUUUGGAGAAUCGGGUGAAGGAGCUCGAGGAGGAGGUGAACAAGUUGAGACUGAAGUUGGGCCAGCAAGGUCAAGGUGAUUUGAGUCAGGGUCAAGAACAGCAGCAGCAGCAGCAGCAGCAACAACAGCAACAACAGCAAAAUCAGUCAUAUCAGCUACAACCUCAGCCACAGCAGAACCAGUUUCCGCAACUGCAGUUUAAGGCGGAACUGGACGACCUGGCCAACCACUCUCACACCACCACCCUCAAGAACAACAACAAUACAAUCCAGAUCAACAACCCAAUUGACCAAAUCUUCAACCUUGGCCGCAAGGGCGUCAUCAUAGGCAACGACAAUCUAAACUUCGAGUCACAGUUUAACCACUUGCUCAUCAACUUGGGGUUGCCCUUUCUCAAAAUCACCAAUUCUCACAAUUACCUCUUGAACGACCCUGACUCGUACUUGUACCACCCAACAUACUCGAACUUCAAUGAGUUCCACAAUAAGGAUUUGGAUAUCAAUUACAACCCCGUCACGCUGGCCCAUGACAAUGGCGUCAACUCGCAGUUGCCCAAGGACGUGUACGAUCUCUUCAUCAAGCUCAUCAACAAUUUUAAGAAGAUCUUCAAUUCCAAGAAAGAGUUGGAUCAGCAAAUCGUCCAGUUUUUUCUCAACUAUAAUACGUUCAUUCCGAUCUUUGAUUUCAAGAGGUUUAUGGAGAAUUAUGAUGCGUUCCACACCAUGUAUCCAUUCAUGUUCACCUACGACGAUGCCACCAUCAACGGGUUCAAUCUCCUGACCCAUGACUAUCAUGUGGUAAACGAGUACUUGGUCCUUGUGAUUCAGAUCUACGCAAUGAUCUACAUGAACAACCCAUCAUUGAACCUUAAUCUUUUGCUCAACCACUCGCAUCCGAACUACAUUUUUCGCUUCCGCAAGGAUUCCAGCAAUGAGUCAUUUAUCCGCUCCAUAUACGACUUCCUACCCUACUUGAACGUGUUUUGCGUGUCUGUGGAGCAGUUGCAAGUCUAUUUGUUGUUUUUCUACUACUCACUCUUGACAAACAAUAAGGAGAAGUCCCUCGUUCUCUCAAGUCUCAUAAAUUCCUUCAUUGGUAUACUUGGCAUCAACUUGAACUCAAGAAACUUGUUCUUCAAUGACUUGAGCUUGAGCUUGCAGGAGAGAAGAACAAGGGUCAAGAUAUUUUGGGGCUUCAAGGUCUUGCUUAAGUGCUUCAACCUAAAAUUUGGAUUCAAACCGUCUAUCAACACAACAGUGAUCAACCCAGUUACCAUUGAAAGGUACUUCAAAUUGACCCCAGAGAAGCUUAGUACUUUGCUUGAACCGCAGCCGGGCGAAGAGCUUGAUCCGCUUUUCGAGACUCUACUUAAGCCAAGUGUGGAGUUUUUGAAUCUCAUGAACAUCAUUAUUCCAUCCUCCUUUUCACCCAAUUAUUAUCAGUACUUGAAGCAAGACAGACAAAGUGGGGAGAAUCCUCAUCAGAAAAAAAGCCACCCAAACAACUUGGACUGGAUUCUCAAUGAUGAUGAUGGUGAUGGAAAUGAUGGUAACUUGAACUACAAUUUCACGCAGUUCUUGACCAUUGAUAAGAAUCUUUCCAAUUGGAGGUAUGCGCUCGAGGAGAAAAGGUUGAACCUCAUGCCUUUGCACACUAAAAUGGGUUUACCGGUGCUAUCGAGUGUUGGAGAGGAUACGCUUUAUCACAGAGUGACGUUCGACGGGGACAGUUCUAAGACAUUUGGGUUGUCUGAGGAAGGGGUGAUUGCAUAUCAAAAUACCGGUCUUCCAGAUAUAAAGACUGCGCUGCAGCUUAUCAAGAUGCAGUUGAACUUCCACUAUCUUUUGAUUAGGUCCCUGAAUUAUCUAAACUUUGUUAUUGAUCGAGAGCUCACUCAAGGAUACUAUGUCAAGAUUGCAAACAUUUCGAGGGAGGUACUCGCAUAUUUCAUUCUUAUCUUCGAGCAUAUUGCGAACUCGACGGAACAAACUGAAGGCGGAUUUGGCGCUGGCGCCAACGAUUCGGCUGUUUACAAUUCGUUCUUUAGUGAUCCCAAGAGAAUGGCCGCAGGAGUCAUGUCUCCAAACUUGGGAAUUGAUGUGGACGAAGAUGGCUUUGUGAUUAACGAUUUCUCCGUUAAGAGGAGGAAACUGUCAUAUGCUCUGAGUAUGAAUGGCAGAAUUAAGAGGAAAGAGAUUCAGCCUUCACCAUACAAUUCGAUGCUCAAUGGCCUUUCGCUUACAAUUAUCAAUUUCAAGAAGUCAAUUGUGUUGCAGAUGCUCUAUCUUCUCAUUUGCACUCUUAAAAUAGCCAAGAAGGGUGGUAUAAUGAGUGCAGAUACAAUCCGAGUUCUCAAUCGAAGCAUUGGACUUUUCAUAAAAAUCUUCAUCAACUACCAGCCAGAUGCGAAUAAAUAUAUGAAGCAAAAGAAGGUGAAAGAAGAUGAUUUGUUUAAACGCAUUAUCAAUGAUGAGCUUCGUGAAGAGAUUUUGAAGGACAAGCGUCACGCGGAAGACUCUGAUGACGAGGAUUUCGGGGAGCAUGACAUCGACUGGGACGACGAAGAUAUGGAUGAAGAUCUCAAGUACCUAAAGAUCCUCAAGUACAUAAAGUACAAAACGAACUUGUUGUUUGAGAAAUCUCAACAGCAGAGAAAGAGGAAACAGGAGAUGGAGAAAGAGCAAAGAUCACAACCGGCUCAAAUGCAAAGCAUGUCGCAUCCCUCAUUUGAUACACAACAACAUUCGAAUCUCCAGCCUGGAUCCACACCUGUGCAUGAUAUUAAGUCUUCAGUGCAGCUUCCUCCAAUUAUGCCUCUCAACAUGGGGGUAUACCCAAAUGGCCCUGGAUCGUCAUUGCAUUAUUCUGGUCCACUUUCCCCGACCAUAUAUGGAAGGCAAAGUGUAAGCAAAGGUAAUGGGCUCAACAACAACCUUUACCUCGGUGAAGGAACCAUAAAGGACGAGGACGUCAAAAGCGAAGAAGUUGCAAACGACUUGAUGAACUUGAGGCAUGGAAGAAGCUUCAGCGAGCAAGGAGCUCGUUGA